AUGACAAAAUUUUAUCAAUUUAUUCUAACGAUAUAUUCUUCUAUUAUUGUUAUAUAUGCUUAUACUGAUCCAUCUAUACUACAUCCCCAACUAGUUAAAAGAUUUGAAUAUAAAUUAUCAUUUAAAGGACCUCAUAUUGCUUUUAAAGAUGGAACUGUUCCAUUUUGGGCAUUUGGUGGAAGUGCUAUUGCUAGUGAUGAGCAAGUACGUGUGACACCAUCAAUUCGAAGUCAAAAAGGCUGGAUUUGGAGUAAGAAUACAAUGACUGCAGAUAAUUGGCUUCUUGAAGUUAAAUUACGUGUAACUGGUCGAGGUCGUCUUGGUGCUGAUGGAAUGGCUAUCUGGUUUACAGAACAAGCAGGCGUUGAAGGUCCUGUAUUUGGUUCAAAUGAUUAUUGGAAAGGCUUAGGUGUAUUUCUCGAUUCAUUCGACAAUGACGCAUUGCAAAAUAAUCCAAUAAUAGCUGUUAUGGCUAACGAUGGCACCAAAACGUAUGAUCAUCAACUUGAUGGUAGUGGACAAAUUCAAGGAAGUUGCAUUCGAGAUUUUCGUAAUAAACCAUUUCCAAUUCGGCUUAAAAUUGAAUAUAUCAACCAAGGAUUAACUAUUUAUCUUAAUAAUGGUAUAACACAAGAUGAUAAUGCAUUUGAAUUUUGUACACGUAUUGAUGGAGUACAAUUACCAAAAACUGGUUAUCUUGGUGUAACAGCUGCAACAGGUGGUCUUGCUGAUGAUCAUGAUGUAUUAGAAUUUAUAACAAAUACUUAUACUGAUAAACAAGCAUCGGCACAAAAUCAAGCAGCAACAGACGAACAAGCAAGAAAAUAUAAACAAGAAUACGAAAAAUAUGAACAAGAACUUAAAAAACAACAAGACGAUUAUAAAAAAGAACAUCCUGAUUUAACAACACCAUAUAAUGAAAAAGCAUUAUAUGAAAGUGAAUAUGAUCGUGAAUUUCGUACUAUCUUAGAAGGACAAGAUCAAAUUCGUUUAUCCUUAACAAAUAUUGAUAAAAAAAUGAUUGAACUAUUGGGACGUGUUGAACGAUUAUCUACAACUACUGACACACAACAACAAAUUGUUGGACAGGGUGGUUCCAGUGUACCUGCUGAUGUAGCUCGAGUUCAAGAUGUAAAUCGAGUGAUAAAUUCAAAUACUGAGAUGACAAGAACUAUUCAAAGCUAUGCACAAGUUUUAACGGAUUUACAACAAAAAGUCAAUUAUAUUCAAACAAGUAUUAAUAAUCAAAGACCUAUGGGUACAGGACAACAAGUAGUUACUUCAAAUAUAGAUGGAACGGUAGUCAAUGAAAUUCGAGAAAUAGUCAGAAUGAUUAAAUCGGAAACAAAUACAUUAUUACAAAAAUCAUCAAAUCAAGUUAAAUGUCCAACAGUAACUGGUGGAAAAGAUAGUUCUUGUGUGGGUACAUUUACAUUUAUAGGUGCUAUUACAAUACAAAUUGUUGUUCUAAUUGGUUUUUUUGCACUCAAGUAA